AUGUCCAGAAGAAAAAUUUACAAAGAAGAUGAUUUUGACCUACCAGGUGGAGACGUCUUUAAAAGAUCCUUGCAAUUGUUUCAGCAACUGGUUGACAAAACAGUGGCUCAGAAAAGGGAGGAAAGAUUAGGCAUGCGUGUAAAGGAUUAUGAAGGAAUGGAUUAUGAGAAAUUCUUUGAUGCAGUCGUGAGUCUUUUUGGUCCAGAUGUGAAAGCUCAAGAUGUUAAAACCUUCUAUAGGAAGAUUAGCAACAACCCAGAUAUGCGGACAGAAUGGUGUGAGAUCUUUGGAUACUACAUGGUAGACGGUGAUAUUCUUGCUGCCCAGCUUGAUGAAGAAAAUAUGGUUUUCCUGGUAUCCAAAAAGCAACGGAUUGCAAAAGCAGGAGUCAGGAGAGGUGAUGUAAUACGAUGCAUGGUAAAGAUACCUCAACUUGAUUUUUUGCUAACAGCAUCUCAGAAAGGAAUGUUGUCUAUUUUUUCUGGCCAGGAUAAUUGCUGUAUAAUCAAACCCAUGGAACAUUGCCUCCGCUCUGUUUGUGCCAUUCCUCACCCAUCAGAACUUCUAGUGAAGGAUGACAUCUUGCUGGGGGAUGAUGGUGGAUUUGUUACUUUGUUUACGCUUACCAGUGAUGACUUUGGUCUAAAACAAACUAAAUCUAAAAAGAAGCGGUACAUGUUGAUAAUAGAUUCUAAAAAAUUCAAAAGCAUUAAACGUAAACUGCAUGAUGACUGGGUUAUAAGAGUAAAAUACAUUCCGGCUUUGAAUUGUUUUGGAUCCUGUUCAUUUGAUAGCAUUCAUUCGUUGGUUUUGGAUGACCUGAAAAGAAUUGAAGACAAUUUACCCGUCAGGGAAUUUUCGAUACCGAGGGGUGUUAAUGCUUUCACGUAUUGUGUAAAAGCCAAUAUCAUUGUUACAGGAGGAGAAGAUAAAAUUCUUCGUUUAUGGCAUCCAAACAUCAACACCAAACCAGUGGGGAAAUUGAUAGGACAUUUAUUUAGUAUCACUGAGAUUGUCACCAAUGAAAAGGAUCAACACAUUAUCAGUCUUUCUACUGCAAAGGGCUUUAAAGAUGAUAAUCAAGGGACUGUGAAAAUAUGGGAUUUUGGAAGUGGGCAGAUACUUAAAAUUUUGCCCUUAGGCAGGGAAAUCACGGUCAAUGAACAUUGGCUGAUGCAGAUGGUCUACUUGAAAGCCAGUGAGAGUAAGCAUGUGAUCCUGGUCUUGGAAUACAGCGGGAUGAUCAAAAUUGUUCAGGCUAAUCAAGGUGAAGCUUACAUGUCCAUAACUUGGGAACUUCCUGAAGCUGUGUCAUUUGCUUUACAAGGCUAUCCACUCAUUGCCCUAAAACUGUCUCCCAAUGUCAAAAAAACCAACGGUUUUUUUCCAGAUGUUCAACUACUGCUUGAUACCGAUCUCACAAACACAAAUGCAGAGCUACCUCCUAGGAUUGAAGUCAAGUGCUUUGAUUUGUUAAAAGUAGAAGGUUACAGUUUGUUAGCUACAGCAAGUGCAAAUGGUUCUAUCAUCAUGUGGGAUUUUGAAACUGCCACAGCCACACACAUGUUCAGAGCUCGACAUGCUAUUCACUCAGAUAGACCUGAAUUACGUAAAAUCAACUGGUUACUAUUCCUGUAUCGAGAUAUUAUGUCUGAGAGGUGUACAAGUGAAUGUUCUUCCUAUUUUGAAGCACAAAGUGAGGAUAUGCCUACACAGGAAGCAGAUUACAAUGUUUCAUUGUUAAAGAUGAAUGGCAUUAAAAGAGACUCUGUUUGUACAACUCUUUCAGAAGCAAAGCUUCCAGAUUCUCCCUCAAGCAAAGGGGCAAUAUCCAAUAUAUUAUCAUUUGGAAAACAUAAUUAUCAUUCUAUACCCAUACUUGCCUCAGCACAUGAAGAUGGUUUCAUUUAUCUGUGGAGCAUUAUGGGAGAUCUACUGAAAGAAAUUCUGCCAUACACAAAACAUCCUCCAAUUCCUUUGACAGCACUUUGUGCCGAUGGGGCUGCCAAAAUGCUUUAUGCUGCUAAUAAAGAGGGAAAUGUUAUUCGAUGGAAUAUUGGCUCAUUCCUAGAAGAUCAAAAAGAUCCAAACAGGCAUGUAAAGCAACAAAUUUGUUGGCGGGCUCAUUCUGCUAAAAUAGUCAGCCUGUUUUGUGAUGAUGAAAAAUGCCUAGUGGUGACUGCAUCCACAGAUGGUUCUGUCAGACUUUGGCAUUCAAUUCGUGGAGUCUACUUUGGCUAUUUUGGACAGCGCAGAGUGUUUGAAAUUACUGAAUCCUCCGAUAUAAUUUUGCCCUGUGAUGUAAAUGAAAUUCCAUUCACAAUAAAAGAAGAAUCCAAGUUUUUGGAUAAAAAGCAGAAGUUUGAAUAUCCUCUGUUUUUUGACAGGGAAAAAUGGAAGACUAUGACCAAGUCAUCUUUAAACUUGAAAAAGCCUAGCCGACACGAAGUUGAUCUGGAUUUUAAGUUUUUCAAGUCCCUGGCUUCUCCCAAGGUCAAUAAAACCCCUUUGGAAAGUUUUAAAUCUGGAAACAAAGAAGCUGGUAUUGUAUUUGGAGCUAUACCAAUCUAUAGGGUUGUAACACCUCCAAAGCUGAAAAUAGCUUCUGCUGAUCAAGAUGGUUCUUUUGAAAAUAUGGCCAAGAGAAGCAGACUUAUUCAAAUUUCCACAUCACGUUUAUCACACCCUCGAAAAGGUGUAAAAACCAGUCAGACCACUGAUGCCCGUUCCUUCCCCCCCACUGCUCUCUGUACAACUCUGGAAAUUGUGAAACAGUAAGAAGUGUUGCAAUGAACAAAGGUGAAAAAUAAAAAAGACU